AUGCAGCGCGCAUGCCUGAAGAAGCUGACUGUGCGUCUGGCAUCUGCUUCUACAGGAGGAAGUAACCCUUGCGGGGGAGUGAUCUCCAGUCUCUCGGGCUCCUUCUCCAGCCCUUGGUACCCUACGCACUACCCCGCCAACACCGAGUGUGUCUGGGUGAUCCGCGUGGCCGACGAGUUCCGCAUCGAACUGACGAUCCCGAGCCUCAAAUUAGAGGACAUCUAUGGGUGCCCCUAUGACUUUAUUGAAGUAUUUGAUGGACACCAAGCUGCUGCACUCUCCAUGGGCAGAUUCUGUGCGGGAGCAGAGCUCACGUUCCUCUCCUCUUCAAACAUCAUGACCGCAGUGUUCAAAAGUGAUGCCAUGGUCACCAACACAGGGUUUUAUGCCCAGUACAACUCCGUUCAGCACAAUGAAAAGGAGAGUGGUAUGUCCCUGCGACUGGUGAACGGCAGCCACAGGUGUGAGGGCCGGGUGGAGGUCUCCUACAACGGCACCUGGGGCACAGUGUGCGACAACAGCUGGGACCUGAUGGACGCCAGGGUGGUGUGCCAGCAGCUCGGCUGUGGCGAGGCCCUGUCAGCCCCAGGCAAGAGCUACUUCGACGGAGGCACCGGCCACAUCAUGCUGGAUGGCGUACAAUGCACUGGGAACGAAAUCAAGGUGUGGCAAUGCACGCACAACGGGUGGCUCUCCCACAACUGUGGACACCACGAGGACGCCAGUGCCAUCUGCUCAGGUGCCGAUGACAGUUCACACCUAGGACCCACAGAUGAAAGUUUCCACUGUGGUGGUCUGCUCACAAACAAUUCCGGCUCCUUCUCCAGUCCUUGGUUUCCAAAAAAAUACCCGACAAAUGUGGUUUGUGCUUGGGACAUACGAGUGGACGUCAGGGCUCACGUCAGACUCACGUUUGAAGUGGUAAAAAUGGAGAACUUCUAUGGCUGUCCGUACGACUUCAUCGAAAUCUUUGAUGGCCCACAGAACGAAUCUUUCUCGCUGGGGAGGUUCUGUUCCCGGACAACCCCAGUAUUCACCUCCUCCUCCAACCGCAUGUCCGUGGUGUUCCACAGCGACGCGAUCAUCACCAACAUCGGCUUUUACGCAAAUUAUGAGUCUUUUGUGCAAGAUGAGAACGACACCGACCUGGCCCUCAGGCUGGCCGAUGGCAGGCACCGGUGCGAGGGCCGCGUGGAGCUGCGCUACAACGGCAGCUGGGGCACGGUGUGCGAUGACGGCUGGGACCUGCGUGAUGCCCAGGUGGUCUGCAGGCAGCUGGGCUGUGGCAUGGCGGUGGCAGCCCCAGGCUUGGCAGAUUUCAAGAGAGGCCUGGGCCCCAUCGUUCUGGAUGACGUGGAGUGCGUGGGCACGGAAGCCAGGCUGUGGCAGUGCCUCCACCGUGGCUGGCUCAUGCACAAUUGCGGCCACCACGAGGACGCCAGCGCCAUCUGCUCAGGUUCCAGAAGAGGGAAAGGAGCUGACCCACCCACACUUCCUAUGUCUCUCACAGCCUCUCUGCCAUACCCAUCACCAGUGGCUGCCGUGAGUCACCCAGCCUCAGCAUCUUUUCCGAAGCCGACAGAGGUGUCCACAUCCACAGGUCUGGGCCUGCGGCUGGCAAAUGGGUCCGGAAGGUGUGAGGGCCGGGUCGAGGUGUACCACACCAACGUCUGGGGCACCGUGUGCGAUGACAGCUGGUCCAUAGAGGAUGCCCACGUGGUCUGCAGGCAGCUUGGCUGUGGCCUGGCCCUGUCUUCCCUCCCGGGGGCCAGGUUCGGUCCCGGGUCUGGCAGCAUCCUCCUCGAUGACGUCAACUGCACGGGAAGGGAGUCCUCCCUGGAGCACUGCCCUCAUGGCGGUUGGUUCACCCACAACUGCGGGCACCAUGAAGAUGCUGGCGUCAUCUGCUCAGGAUCUUUGAAUACUGCUAUAACUACUUCAACAGCUUCCAUCUCAACGGCUGUGACCUCCAUACCAGAUACCUCUUCAGUGUCAGCAGAAGUGACCUCUCCAUCUGAUGCAUUUUCAGCCUCAGCAGAAGUGGACACUCCUCCUGAUACAACUCCUACUUCAGCUGAAGCACCUUCUUCUCCAGGUACACUCUCUGCUCCUGGCAGCAGCCACGAUCCAAUUUCAACAAAACUGACACCAUCACCAGAUACGAUUUCUGUUAAUGAAGAAACAGCCCCUUUACCUGAGCCGGCCCUGCGCCUGGCGGGCGGGCGCAGCCGCUGCGAGGGCCGGGUGGAGGUGUGGCACGGCGGCGAGUGGGGCACCGUGUGCGACGACCGCUGGAACAUCAAGAACGCGCGCGUCGUGUGUCGCCUCCUGGGCUGCGGCCACGCGCUGGGCGCCCCGGGCCACGGCCGCUUCGGCCCGGGCGCGGGCCCCAUCCUGCUGGACGACGUGCGCUGCGCGGGCUCCGAGGACGCGCUGGGCCGCUGCGCCCACUCGGGCUGGGGCCGCCACAACUGCCGGCACCGCGAGGACGCGGGCGUGGUCUGCGCAGAUCCGGCUGACUCUCUUGUACCCAAGGACAAUGCCCAGCUCUCCUGCUUGCCUCACCUCUUCCAAGCCGUUAUUGACCGAGGCUACCUCCGGAGGCUGGGCUACUCCUCCUGGGACAUCCACUUAAAUGAUGAGCUGUGUCGCCCCCAGGUCACGGGGCGCUACCUGAUCUUCAACAUUCCCUAUGGUCGCUGUGGCACCGUCCAGCAGGAGCACUUGGGCUCCCUCAGCUACACCAACUCCAUCAGAGGCCGAAUUCGGGGCCACCCUGGCCGAGUCAUCGUGCGGCACAAGGUGCCUGAGCUGAAGUUCACCUGUAGGGUGGGUGGCCCAGCUGCGGUUGAAAUCGUUCAUGGAGCUAACGUCCCGAUGGAGAAUGCCAGCUACGAAGUGUCCAUAUCGUUCCUCCAGUCGCCGGGGCUCCAAGACAUGGAGCCAUAUUAUGCCAGCCAGGAGAAAGAAGUCUUCCUCCAAGCCACCCUCCGUAGCCUCAACCCCAACCUGGAACUGUUUGUGGAUACCUGUGUGGCUUCUCCUGAUCCCAGUGAUUUCACAACCAUUAAGCAUGAUUUGAUCCAGCAGGGGUGCAUCAAAGAAAGUUCCUAUGCCAAUCUCCACUCCCGCCAGAAGAAUGUGGUUCAGUUCAAGUUCAACGCCUUCAGCUUUCUUGACAGCUACAAUGUGGUCUACCUGCAGUGUAAGCUCACCGUGUGCAAGGUGGGCGACUACUCCUCUCGCUGCUCCCAGGGCUGUGCAGGGCGGAGCAGGAGAGAUGCAGGUGCCGUGGAGCCCAUGGAACGGCAGACUGAGCAUUUCCAACUGGUGGGGCCACUGGAGAUCCACAAACUAACUGCUCAGGGCAAGACUGUUGUGUGAUUUAUCCAAUUUUCACAUGAAUCUGUUAGAAAUUAGAAAGCAAAGACUAAUUUGUCUUUAGUAAUGUUUGACAAAUCAGAAGUUAUCUACGUAGAGACAAGUAAAAGAAACAACUGGAGGAGAUUGCUUCUCUCAGGUUUGUCACUAAAUAAAUCUCUGAUUACUAAACUUCUAAGGCAGUCACUGUCUCCGAUGGCUAGAAAUGCUGCAUUUUCUAAUUCUUCACUAUCAAAAACCUGAUCGUUGUC